UUGAUCACGAAAUGACGGUGUCUCUGUCAGAAAGAAGCCUCUGAAGCUGCCCGGAAUCCAACGGCUCCCAUAUUAUUUAGUGGCGCAGCGGGAGGUAUCAUUUUUAAGGGGAAUUAUAAGGAUGUAUCAUUUUUAAGCAGAAACACUACUUUGAUGAAACAAUUUCUUUGUGCGCAGGCUCAUGACCAGCCUGUGUCAACAGUCUUUGACGAGGGCAACUCGCUUAACCGGAAGUUGUUGGUCGAGCAAAAAGAGGCUUAUAUCAGAUCAUUAAAGCUUUGAGAAUAGAAAACAUGUCGCGAUUCGCAGAGAUUCUCAAAGAACAGUUCAAAAUCACAAAUUGUUGGUUUCAUUGGCAUUCAGAUAAUCACUUCGUGGAAUCGAAGUGGAAAUGGAUCACGUGGAUGAAAUACCUUCUCAUUCGAUGGCUGAUGUUCGUUUACUGUGCCAUAAUGAUGUUUCUGUCAAUUUGGGAGCACGCAGAAAAUCAAUGGAUAUUUGCAUUAACAAGUGCAAACUACAUUUUGAUCACUGUCUACUUUCUUUAUGCAGCAGUAAAUAUUACCAUAUACUAUAUUCAUCAAAUGAAGAGUGCCUGUCUAGAUCCUUGUGACAAUGAUGCUACUGUAACCAAGCAAACUCAUUAUUGUAUCGGGCUACGUUUCAGAGCACAUUGGUUUCUGUACAACCUUUCGCUUGGAAUGUGCACUUUUGUUUUCAUUGCUUUUUGGGUAAUGCUUGCACCAAAUAAAAAACGAGGUUUCAAGCCAUCAUUACACACAUACCUUGUGAUUGAUCGCCAUGGAAUUAACCUCGUUUUGAUGGUGAUCGAUUUCGUAAUCAAUAAAAUUCCCAUACGAUUACUGCAAUUCGUGUACUCGUCGCUAUUUUUAGGACUCUAUUUGGUAUACAACUCAAUUUACUGGUCCCAGACUGGAAAGUUGGUUUAUGGCAAAAUCUUAGAUUACGGUUCUAACGGACCAACUGUUGCAGCUCUUGCUUUGAGUGGAAUGUUUAUUGCCAUACCCCUCAUCCAGCUUUUAUGGUUUGCAUUGACCUUGUUGGGGAAGAAAGAACCUGUUCCAAGGGAAGACGCUAAUGCAAAUCUCGAGUUUCAGAAUGUCUGAGAAUUUAUCUUGGCUUUGCAUUCAAAGAUAACCUGAAGUACUUAGUUGAUCAGAUGUGACAAACAUGUUUAAAAGACGUGCAAAUGUAUAAACGACUCAGAGAUCAUUCAGUUCUGCAAUUUUAUAGGGAUUGUAAAUGCUUUUUUGUUAUACCGUUAACGCAACUCUUCUUCCUAAAUAGCCCAUAUCCUGGAAGCAAAAAUGCUAAUAUGCCCCAUCACCUUUUUUGCUGAUUUAUAAAAGACAGAUAUUGCAAUACAACGAUCAAUCACAUAUUCGACUGAAAACGAAAGCUUAAAAAUCAGCACUUUUGCUCUUUGAAUGGUGUUAACAUAAUUUCUAAAAUGCAUUUUCCGCAAGUAAGUUUGAAGAACGUAAGGAGCUUUGAAAACAAGAUAAUUGUAUGGCGGUAUUCAGGCGAUUUCUAUAAGCCCCACCCAAGUCUAAUUAUGCCCCUCUAAUAAGCCCCUACCAUUAAUAUCAAAGUCAACGAACCCCCAAUAGGGCUAUUUUGAGAUUUCUUGAACGUAGUUGUAAAUUUGCAUUCCUCGUCAAGAAGUCCAAUUUGAUUGUUAUAAUGUUGGGUUGAAGAUGGUUCAUUUUAUCAAGAAGGGGAUGAUCGCAUGUAAUUCUCUUCUAUAGGUAUUCUUUGCAGGGAUCUUUAUCCUUGAAACACAAUGUUAUAUAAUCUAGUGAUGUCUUACAGGGCGUUUUAAAGCCAUUUUUGUGUAGCCACCUUAAUUUGUCCGCCUUUUACCUUAUCCUUUAAACUUAAAUGUAACGUUCGAAUUCGAUCUUUAUUAGAACUGAGUAAUUUGGAAAUGGAUUUAGUUUUUUGGGAGAUACUAGAUAAUGUGAUUCAAUACUAUAAGAAAGAUGUAUUUUUUGAUAUAUAUGUACAUGGUAUCUAUUGACUGUUUUUGUUGCAAGUUCAUACUUACAAGAAGAUAUUUAGUAGAGAAUUUGGGAAAAUAACCGAAAGACUCCUUCAACAAAACAACGACAAAUCAGGCAAUGCUUGAACACUAUAUCAUCUUUAUACAGGACCCGCGCCACCGGGGGGGGGGGGCAAGCCAUGGUCCCCCACUUUUUUGCGAAGCAAGUAGUUUUAAAGCUGUAGUAAAAGGGGUAAGAGG